UGUUUAUUCAGCAAUCAAAGAAGAUGAAUCUGUUUAAUUUUACACUAUUCCUGUCACUUAUUGUUUUUAAAAGUUUUUCAAAAAUGCCAUUUUGAAAUCUCAAUGGGAUUCAAUUCAGGGCCUCGUGUAGUGUCACGAUGUUCUUGUCUUUCUUGCCGUGCUUGAUGCAUGUAAAGGAAGCUUGAAUUUUGUGCCAUGUUGUUGAACCUGUGAUUUUCCAUUUAUCUGGUUUACAGAGUCACUUUUAGCUUUUUUGUCAAUAACUGUGCUCACCUCUAAGUUAUCUUUUGGCCCAGUUUAUCGAGAGAAUGAGUUCAUGUGUGUGUUUAUUCAAGAUCAUGUAUCUGCCUUCCAUGGUUGUGGUUGUAGAAUAUUUGCUUAAAGGGGAAUUGGAUGAAUCUGUUUGAUGGGGUCUGCAACGAUUUUAAGUAAUGAAAGCAACUACAUAUUGUUAAACUAUCCGUCUUUAAAGGGUGGAAUAUGGGACUGUUUGGUAGGUCUGGUACAAAGAUUUUUCUUGACUUGUUGAAUUCUCAAGAAAGACAAUGAGUACGUGGUUGAAUAAUAAAUUUCUAGAUGGCGAAACCAGAAAUUUGUUCUAGCUAUUUACUGUAUGGAAAUAUUAUGCAUGGCUGUGCACAUGCUUCGAUUGUCGAUAUACGAUAUAACAUAUUUUCUUUCUUUUUUGUUGUUUGGAUUGACUGUAUGAGUAAUUGCAUAUUAAAUUCAAUAAUUCGUGUGAUGAUGAAGGUAGGUAGAAGGCUUCCUUUAAUGGUUUCUGAAAUGGAAUGUAAAUCAGAUAAUUUAUGAUUGUAUUGGUUUUGGCUGAUAUUUCUGGAUUUAAUCAAACAUUUACUUGUAGUUAUACCAAUUAUAGAUGCAUUUGUUGUCUUACAAUGUAAUUGUUUUCUCCUCUUGGACUAGAAGGAAACACUUGAAGUUGACUAUCUUAUAUACCUUCUUUUUGUCUGGGCCUCUUGUAUUGUGUGAGUGGUGAUGGAGUAAAGGGGAAUUUUCAGAGGGAAUUUAUAUCUAUGGAAUGUUUUGACAUCUGGAAAAGAUCAUGGUUCAGUGCUUUGAUGGAUUAAAGCAGUUGUAUACUGCUGUGCUAAGCUUUUGUGAUGCUGAUCUGUCCCAGCAGCAGCCAAGAGGUUUAGGAAAUCCGGAAGCACUUGCAAGAGAAACAGUGUUUAGUGUAAGUGAGAUCGAAGCACUGUAUGAACUAUUCAAGAAGAUCAGCAGUGCAGUAAUUGAUGAUGGACUAAUUACUAAGCAGGAUGAAUUUCAGUUGGCCUUGUUCAAGACAACCAAGAAAGAGAGCUUAUUUGCGGAUAGGGUGUUUGACUUGUUUGACACAAAGCAUAAGGGGAUACUUGAUUUCAAAGAGUUUGCACUUGCUCUUUCUAUUUUUCAUCCCAAUGCACCAAUCAAUGAUAAGAUUGAGUUUUUAUUCCAACUGUAUGAUCUCAAACAGCAAGGAUUUAUUAAGAGACAGGAGUUAAAACAAAUGGUGGUGGCUACUCUAGCCGAAGCUGGCAUGAAUCUUGCAGAUGAUGUGAUUGAAAGCAUUAUUGACAAGACAUUUGAGGAAGCUGAUACAAAACAUGAUGGGAAGAUUGACAAGGAAGAAUGGCGAAACCUUGUCUUACAUCAUCCUUCCCUUCUUAAAAAUAUGACUCUUCAGUAUCUUAAAGAUAUUACAACUACAUUUCCCAGUUUUGUAUUUCAUUCACAAGUUGACGAUGUUUGAGGCAACUACAUUAUCUGAGAGAGAUAUGGUUGAAAUGGAAAUGCUUUGUUUUUUGUUUUCAUUGAAUUGAACUUUGGCUUCCUUUUUGGGUAGAUAAGGUUUGUAUAUGGAAUAAAUGGACUAUCAUUGAUUUGUUCA